AUGUAUACAGUCUUAUUGUUUCUAAUAUUUACUUCAGCGUCGAUGGCAACGGCAUGGGAUGUGGUCCCGAGUAACAUUACGAGGCAAUAUGGCUACAUUAACGUGUUGAGAUGUAUCAACCACAAUGUUGGUGAUGAUAUCACAGCAGUUGCUGUAAAUACCCAGGGUUUGCUAGGUUUAUAUCAUGAUAUGAACAGCACCUCAUCGAGAAGAACAUCAUAUAUGAUUAACAAAUGCAGACAUACCUUUAAUGCAUCGUUAGCAAUUUACGAGGCUUCAAAUAGAUAUGCGGAAGAUGAAAUGUUAUAUUAUGGCGGAAUUGAUGAGCUGUUGUAUGGUCAUAAAACACUGGAUAGCCUCAUAGCUAUGGGCAGAGAUGAUGACCUCACAUCUGGUACAGACGCUGACUUAAUCAAAGAAGAGAGAUAUCCUGAUUUAUACGAAAUGCCGAUAUCUCAAACGACGGGCAGUUGCUCGAGCUAUGAGGCGUUUCAUACGUACGCUGACUUAUGCCAAGACGAUCAAAAGAACCCUUUCUAUGCCUUUGGAACGAGUUUGGUAUCCCGAUACUUCACGUGGAUGUGA